GUUUUAAUUUCUUAUGUCAUUUCACAACGUCAAACUUUGCGGUUUGCAAAGAAUUAUGUUAAUCCCCAUGUGCUAAAAAGUAUUAUACACGUAAUGAGGACGUAUCACUGGCACCUCCCAUGACAAUACCUCCAUUUUACCAUUCAUCAAACUAAAUUUAGAAUUCGUUGUAAUUACUAUUACGAAUUGCGGUUAAAAUCGAUUGAUUUUAUUUAGUUAUAGAAACUUUCAAGGUUGUACCUAUCAUAGAAAAAAUACCGGAAAAUAAAAUGAAGCGAGAAUGGAUAUAUGAAAGCAGAUCAACAUUUUGUUAUAUCGUGCGGUAAGCGAACCGGUUCGACAAGGCCGUCCAGGUUCUCAUAAACUUGUAAAACUGUUAAUUUAAUACAAAUAAAAUAAUGUUAAACAAAGUUAGGCCACCCACAACAACGGUAGGCAACCAGUAAUACAAUUGCAAAUUUAAUUAUUAAUAAUCAAACACCCACACGGUCAAACAAUCAAAAUGUAUAUUUAUUUUCGGAAACGUAAAGUUCAACAGGUCACAGAAAAUGACUCAAAGGACGCAGAAGCUGAAAAUGUGUUUCAGUCUUGCGCGGACACCCCACAAGACACCAAUCCUCCCUUAUUCUGAAACCCAUAAUGGAUAGUUUUAAGUUGUGACAACUUAAUCAAAUUAAACACAAAUGUGAAGAGUGAAAAUAAUGUGUUUCAAAACGUUACAAGUUGUGUCUUUGGGGCUGUUUUAAUACAAACAUUACACUCCGCGCGAGCGCGGAAAAAUCGAUCGUUCAAAAUGAGUUCGAAAAUGUCAACACGUCCUCGUAAACACAAGCACAAAGACGAUAUGAAGCAAGAAACUGUGGUCCAAGUACAUAAAACAGUCAAAUCUGAGACAAGUUCCGAUGAAAAGACUAAACUAAACGAAGAUAAAAAUGACAACUAUAGCACUAAUACACCAAGUCGGGAAAUCUCCGUUGAUGAGGAGUCCCAAAUCAAUUCAAAAAUUCUCUCGCUCAUUGAAAGUGAAAUGAAACGAGAUGCCAACAAACACUCACACUUUACCGAUUCCAGGCCCCAAAGUUUGAGCUUCUACGAGGACGAAAAAGUGCCAGAGGAGCUCUCAGGUAAUCUAGAAUUGUUAAGUCCUGAAGAAAGAAAACAUUAUAAGAGACGGCGAGAGUACGGCCAAAUGGACAUGGACGAAAUGAACGCUUAUAAUGUGAUUCAAGAUUUGUACAACAGUCGAGACGGAGAUGAAAUCAUAUCAUCUACGAAAAAGUCAAAAUCGCGAAAAAAACGACACGGGGACUCAGAAACCGGAAUCGGUGACAGCAGAGAAAUGAUGAUCCCGAAAGAGAAGAAGAAAAGCAAGAAAAAGAAACGGGAAUCUUCACCAACUGCCAAACGCAAACACAAAAAACGAGAUGAUGAUUUCGAGCCGAAGAACGACAUUACUGUGGCACUAGAAGAGCUCCAAGAUGACGUCUUCGAAAAUAAUGAAGAGUUCAAAGUCGAAAAAAUCAAAAAGAGUCCGAAAAAGUCCGACAAGAUUUACGUCCAAAAGAAAAAUAAGUUCGAAGCUGUGACCAAACCAAGUAAUCUAAACCGGCAAAGCGCCUACGAGCUUGAGGAAGACAUAUCUGGGAAAAAAUUUCAGACAUAUCACCCGUUGGAGUUGGCCAUCCCAUUUCAGGAAUAUUGGAUGCGGUUAACUACGUUUUGUCACGGUUUAUUAGGGGGGCUGGCUUUAGGCCAUUGGUUGUAUAUUAUUAGCAAUAUUUACAAUCAAGAUAGCGAAUUUAUUUCGCACUACUCCCACUUUAGUGAUACUUACGUAUCGUGCUUUUAUUUCCUUUGUGUCAUCUGCCUCAUAUCCGUAUUUGAGAAAAUCGAUUUUGCUCAUUUUGAAGGAGCUCAAUUUAAAAAUUUAUUCAAACUUAAGAAGAGUUCUUCAGUGAUACUCAUCUACUUCACCUGUCUGGUUGUGCACCUCUCAGCUGCCCGAAUAGACUAUAAAUUAGGUUUAGUAUCAUAUGACAACGACACCAUAUCAAAUAUAACAAGAAGUGAGCUUACUCAAUGGAACCAUUUAUCGCUCUGGCGUUCGAUUUUAGCUUUUCUUGCUUGGAUUAUUGUUGGCUUAUCCCCACAAGAAAAUAUGUUUUAUAUAAAUCUUAAAAAUAUGGAAAAGUAUCUUCCACAAAAAUGAUACUUGAAUGUUCUUUCCUCGUCAGUCUACGAUGUGAUAAAAAAUAAAUAAAGAAGACUGUACCAUUUAUUGACUAGUUAAUAAAGAAUUAUAACAACUUGCAUUAAUAAAAAAUUAAUUUUUCAAACAUCGAGCUAGAGUUAAAAAAUUACAACCAACAUU